CCCACUCCCGGGAGGAAGGCGGAGAGCAGGUGAUGUGGGAGUCGGCGGGGGUAUUUGCCGGCGACACCAAGCGUGGGCCGGAAGUGGAGGAGCAGACAGCGGCGCCGCAGGAGCUCCGGGUCAGACCGUGGCGACGGCGGCGGCCCCUGGGCUGGAGGAGGACGAUGAGGAACGACGGAAGCGGCGCGGGGGGAAGCUGCUGCGCGGCGCCGGGUUCCGUGUCCGCGGCCGACUGCGCAGCCUGCGAGCAGGUCUAAGAUACUUACAGAGAGCUACAAUGGAAAAGUCCUGGAUGCUGUGGAACUUUGUUGAAAGAUGGCUAAUAGCCUUGGCUUCGUGGUCUUGGGCUCUCUGCCGUAUUUCUCUUUUACCUUUAAUAGUGACUUUUCAUCUCUAUGGAGGCAUUAUCUUACUUUUGUUAAUCUUUAUAUCAAUAGCAGGUAUUCUGUAUAAAUUCCAGGAUGUGUUGCUUUAUUUUCCAGAACAGCCAUCUUCUUCACGCCUUUAUGUUCCCAUGCCCACUGGUAUUCCACAUGAGAACAUUUUCAUCAGAACCAAAGAUGGAGUGCGUCUAAAUCUGAUUUUGAUAAGAUACACUGGAGACAAUUCGCCCUAUUCCCCAACUAUAAUUUAUUUUCACGGGAAUGCAGGCAACAUAGGUCACAGGUUACCAAAUGCAUUGCUUAUGUUGGUUAACCUCAAAGUUAAUCUUUUGCUUGUUGAUUAUCGAGGAUAUGGAAAAAGUGAAGGAGAAGCAAGUGAAGAAGGACUCUACUUAGAUUCUGAAGCUGUGUUAGACUACGUAAUGACUAGGCCUGACCUUGACAAAACAAAAAUUUUUCUUUUUGGUCGUUCCUUGGGAGGAGCAGUGGCUAUUCAUUUGGCUUCUGAAAAUUCACAUAGGAUUUCAGCCAUUAUGGUGGAGAACACAUUUUUAAGCAUACCACACAUGGCCAGCACUUUAUUUUCGUUUUUCCCAAUGCGUUACCUUCCUUUAUGGUGCUACAAAAAUAAAUUUUUGUCCUACAGAAAAAUCUCCCAGUGCAGAAUGCCUUCUCUUUUCAUCUCUGGACUCUCUGACCAGUUAAUUCCACCAGUAAUGAUGAAGCAACUUUAUGAACUCUCUCCAUCUCGGACUAAAAGAUUAGCCAUUUUUCCUGAUGGAACUCAUAAUGAUACAUGGCAGUGCCAGGGUUACUUCACUGCUCUUGAACAGUUCAUCAAGGAAGUAAUAAAGAGUCAUUCUCCUGAAGAAAUGGCAAAAACUUCAUCCAAUGUAACGAUUAUAUAAUGUUUUUCUUUUUGAUUAAUGCACUGUAUUUUAAUGUGUGCAGAAUGAUAAAGAAUGUUCCUUGCUAGAAGUGUGUUAUGUCUGUACUUGUCUGAAGAGUGACAUUAAACUUUGAAAGGACUUCAGUGCUCUUUUAAGAUAUAAUCCAAAUAGUUUUUUACAUUUGAAGAACUGUAAUUCUUGAGAUUAUUUCAUACGUUUUCGUCAAGUCUUUCACUGUGGUUAUGUAUCCAUAUCUUUAGUUUAAUGUGCCAGUACCAUAGCACAUUCAAAAGUUUCUUGUUGCAAAAGUGGUGUAAUCUCUGUGACACUUAGAUUAAUGGUGGGAUAUAGAAGGAGACAUGUGAACAAGAAACCUUUGAGUAUUAUUUCUUUAGUAAAUGUUGGGACAAUCAUGGUAAACAAAUUUAGUUCUGUAAGUGCAUUUUUCACCUUAAAAGUUGAAAUGAAAUGCAUGAUAGUAUUUUAUUCCUUAAAUUAUGCAAUGCAAUGUUUUUAAUGUAAAUACCGAUGUAUAUGGUAACUUGGGUUAUAUCUAUUUUUAUGUAAACUCUAUUUUGUUUUUGGCAAGAGGUGAAAUUGAGGCCUGUGUGCAGGUUGCCAUUAAAUUUUGCUCUGGUGAAUGCUGAGAUCCAGCUUUUUCUUACAAAUAAAUGGGACCCCAUUUUCCAAUAUUAACGUACCCUGUUUUGUUAGGUACAGUCUGGAUCAUGGCAUGUAAAAAUAGAAAUUUAGAAUUUUACUGCAGCUUUGAUGUGCAUAUUUGAACUUUUUAACAUUUGUAAUUUUGGUGGCAAAGAGAAUUUUAGCUUCUGUCAAUUUUGUAAGUCUACAGCUGAACCACUAAUAGCCGUCAUAAUAAAGGUUAGAACUUGUUUAAGAAUUAGAUUAGGAAGUCUUACCAUUACAUGAUUGUAUAUACUGUGUUAGAAAAAUUCCCACCUCUGAUUUUUAAGUCCCAGUAUCUAGGUAUAUCUCACCCAACUAAAGCCAGGAUAUUAUCUAUUGGACUUUCUGAAAAUAAAAAUUACAAAAACAAAAGUAAAAAAACUAUGUUCUUUUUGGUUUAAUGUUUCAGUUGCUAUGAAAUAGAAGAAUUCCUACAUCAAGAGACAGUUUUAUGGAGUCUUAUUUAUUUAUUUUCUACACGUUAGGAAUGUGGAAUGAAGGCACUCUAGAGCUUUUUCUCAACAGAACCUAUUACCACAUUUAACAAUUAAAUGGCUGUAAGUGGAAAGUAGUAUUUAGACAUAUAGAAGAGUGAGAAAAAUCUUGAAAAAAAAGAGUCCCUUAAAACUUGCAGGAUUUACCUUAAAAAAAAAAAACAAAACUAUGAGGCAUAAUUGUGCUAAGUUGUUUUAAGCAGUCCUCAAAAAUUAGAUGUAAUUGAGCUCUGUACGUUAUGUCAGCUUUAACAUAAAAUCGUUUGGAUAUUUUAGCUGUAUUUAUUGGCUUUGUGCAAGCAACUAGAGCAGAGAAAUAAUGGGUCAGUAAUCUUGACCUUAAUUUAAAACUCUUUCCAUGGAGAUAGGGCUAGAAAUACUUUUGCCAAAUAACCUUCUUGUCAUUCACUUUGUGUCAGUAUUUAGAAAAGAAUAAAUUAUAGCAAGUAUGAUUUCUAAAGGAUUUUUUUUAUAAAUUAUUGUAAAAAAUCAUUUUUUUUUUUUAAAGUUGGUAAUGGGUAUUAUGGAAGGUGUAUUUUGUAUGUAUAAAUUCACCACAGUUAAAGGACACUUUUCAUCUUGUCAAUCAUUGCUAUGUAGAAUGACUAUCCUAGAUAGUGAUGUAUUAAAAAGCAAAAAGUUAAUACAACAAAAUGUAAUGUAUUUAGAAAUGAGCUUACGUGGCACACCUUAGACUUGUACCAUUCUUUAAAGUUUACAAAGUACCUUCUUAGGUUUCGUGUAAUCAUUUUGUCUACUACGCUGCAGAGGAAUUUGUCAACUUCAGUUGUAAAUAUUACGCUGAUGAAGUGUAGAAGCUUUUUCUUCAUCGGUUUUUGUCCUUAGGCUGCUUUUUUUCUAUACUCCAGGUUUAUAAACAAUCUUCUUUUUUUUAAGCCAAGACUUCAGAAGUUGUAGAGUACUUGUGCCCAUCCCUACCUUCAUUCUCUUCUUGGGGGUAAGGAACCUUUUGUCCUGCAGCACAGGGAAGAGGCUGCAUAUCAAGUCGUAGUACUUUCCUAGUUUCGGUGUGUGAGACCGUUUCCUUAGAUGAGAAGAGGGUAGAAAACAAGCUCUUUAUUAUCAAGGGUCCCUGGAGCCCAUGGCAUCAUUUUUUUAAAAUAUGUCUUAUUUUGUUGCCAAAGUGAUUGGUCCUAAUAAAACAUCAUUUCUUCAUGAGUCCCUCCUUCAUUUGGACCCAUCUCUUAGUGGGAGUAGAAAUGUGUCUGCCUUGUGUAUUAAUUUCUGGCUCAUUUAUGCAAGAGCAGCUAUAGGAAUUUAUGAAUGAAUUUUAAGUUAUUAAGCUACUGAAAUUUGGAAAUCCUAGAUGUAUGGCAAGAUAGAAUUCAUUUAGGUCAAAAUCCAUUAUUUUAAAAGGGAUUAUGGGAAAAUGGCAAAAAGAAUAAGAUAUUGCAAAAGAUGGGAAGAAACUUUGUAACAGAAUAAAGACUACUAAGUGGAUGGAAACAACUGGAAAGGGAAAUGUGACAUAGUUCUUAAAUGUAGAUCUAGGAAAUAAUUAACUGAUGAGGUUGGUGUAAAGGAAGCCCCAGUGCAGAAGGAAACACUUGAAGGCAUUUCUAACCAAGAAUGUGACUGGAGCACCUGACCUUGCAGGUACCCAAAGUCUUUGCAAAUACUUUGUAAAAUUAAUAUUUUCAUUAAAAUGGUAUUCUUAAUUUUGUGACAGGGCAGCUUAAAUUUACUUUUUCGUGAUGAGCUGUAGACACUUGAUAAUCCCCCACCUGCCGGCUUUAUUAAUGAGUCACCGGACUGAUUGUAUUGUAACACUUCUUGUUGAGAAUUCGUACCACCUGAUGCUUUCAUAUUCAUCUUUUAUUUUUGUAAGAUUUGAUUUGAAGUGGGACUAGAUUUGUUUGGUGGAAUUAAAGAAUGAAGGCCAUAUUCACUUUUAUAUAAAUUAUCUUGCAAGCUCAGCUGAACUGUAGCUUUCAUUAUUGCGUCCCUUUCUUGAGGUUAGGAGUAAAUAAGGUAAACUUCCAAAAAGGAUGUCACAGAAGUCACUUUUUAAAUUAGGUCAUGAUUGAAAUAUAUUGAAAUCUUCCACUGACCUCUCCCCUCUCGUUUUUCCUAUUAUAUUUGACAACAAUUAUGGAGGCAAAAAAAUGAAAAAAAUUAGUCAUAAUGCUUUUGGAUUAUCCACUUAAUUUUAUGUAUUUUCGUAUCACUCAGGUAAAGUUGGAAAUGGCAGAGCACAGACAUCUAUUUUUUAAAUCAAUAGUAUAGAAAAUGAAAGCACUUCUGUUUAUUUAUAUGACCAUAUAUGCACAUCAUCUUAGCUAAUCAGAAAUAAUAUAUUCAUUUGAAUGGUGAAAUAAAUGCAUUCAUCCGAAUAGUAGUCAACACAUUUUUGCCAAAUGGCGCAAAUAUACCUCCAUUUAUAUUUUGUAUCUUAAAAAUGUAGUUUAAAGAUAGGACUAUGUGUAAGAGACACUUUUUUACAAAAAGUGCCAUAUAUACAUAUGUAACAGGGAUGAGUGUGUGUUGUUUAACAUAAUUUAUGGCAAUUUCUGUCAGUACAGCAUAUACUGAAAAUUCAAGUUGUUUUUAACAUAUUUAAGUACAUUCCAGGAUAAAAUAAGUUAAUCCAGUUUCAUAAUGUAAAUCAUAUUUUUGUUAUUUGCCAUAUUUUAUUUGAAGCAGUAAUAAAAUUUUAUAACUCCAGUUUGAAUGUUACAGUGCAUUAUGUGCUAACAUGGAAAGCAAACAUUUACGUUUGUUUUUUUACAAUAAAUUUCUUUUAAAAUAUACUUUCUAUUUUUCUGUACUGACAUAUGCAAUAAAUUGAUACAUUAAAAGUUUGAUUAAUGUCUUAA